AGACGGCAGCCUGUUUUUGACGUAGCUUGGAGUUUGUAUACCAGGGCUACCACACGGGUGCUCGCGCCAGUCGACGCACCGUGGGACUUCAACGCAAACACGAAGACGAGCGCAGGAGCUCUCGGCAUCCUCAGCGCCUCGACCGUAGCUUGGUCGAUCGUUGGAGCAAGCGUCGUCCAAGCGGGUCGUCGUUGUCGAAAGUGGCACGGCUGGUUCCGACGAGCCAGAUCUCCCAACACACAAUUAUGUCCACGAGGUAGAGGCUCAUGA